AUGCUGCUCGGAUCCCUCUUCAUCACCGCCCUCGCGGCCUUCCUCCCCGCCACUGAGGCCGCCAACAGCCUCCAGAAGCGUACUCUGCUCCCCAGCGAUGGCAACAACCAGGCUUUCAUCGGUUGCUACAACGACUGCUCGACCUGGGGUACCCACUUCGGCAAGAAGUUCCAGGCUCUGAACGGUGACGAGUGCGCCGACCUCUGCAUGCAGUCCAAGGGCAAGGGCUUCUCGUACUUCCGUGGUGGCCAGUGCCGCUGCUCGAUCUCGUCUCCCCAGGCUUACAUCUUCAUCAACAUCAAGAAGGACGGCUAUGCUCACGGCCUCCCGAACCAGUGCCCCGGUGCCUACUGGGACGUCCGUAUGCUCCGCACCAAGUACCAGUUCAAGGGUUGCGCCCAGGGUCUCUCGACUCGCAACGCCCAGUUCUCCUCGGUCCGUGACAAGCUCAUCUUCAAGGAGUGGUUCAUCUGCGACGUCUUCCGCCGCGGCUGCUCUGGCUCUCAGUACAUGGUCACCCACCCCUCGAACAUCGGUAUCUGCUCGUCUUGGAACUGCUUCAGCGAGCCUACCCAGGCUUCCGGCAUCGGCGGCUGCGACCAGAACACCUUCUACAUCUACACGACUGGCACCGGUGGCCCCGCCCCCUCCGGCCUCCGCAAGCGUGAGACCAUCGACCCCGCCGUCGCCUACGAGGAGUCUGCCGCCACCUGCAACCAGCUCGGCUGGGAGAACUGCUACAUCUCCGCCGAGGACCAGACCCACUUCGAGUGCACCGACACCCAGAACGAGGCUCAGCGCUGCGGUGGAUGCCUCCACGGCUCGUUCCGCCCCCAGGGCAACGCCACUGUCGGCGUCGACUGCACUGCCACCCUCGGCCCCAACGCCCAGUGCAUCGGCGGCAAGUGCUUUGCUUAA